CUGGCAUCGCAGAGAAGUGUGGGAGGAGAGAGAGUAGAGAGAGAGAUGGGAGGAGGGCAUGGAGGAGAUGGACACAGCACAACCUACAAGGGGGUAACCUUGCAUCAUCCAAAGCGCUGGCACACCCUAACUGGAAAGGGCAUGUGUGCUGUCAUGUGGUUUUGGGUUCUAUAUAGGGCUAAGCAAGAUGGUCCUGUAGUCUUGGGCUGGCGACAUCCGUGGGAAGGCCAUGGAGAUCAUGGGCAUGGACAUGAGGAAUCCCAUUGAAGACCUUUCUGGGAUAAGCAUAAAGCCCCUCUGCUAGUAAAGAUCAUUCUAGAAUGUCUUUGUUGACUUGUGUUCAAUAAUGUGAUUGUGGAAAGAGAGAUUAAACAAGAUGUCCAGACCCUUGUUGACUUGCUUGUUUUGUGUAAGCUUUAUGUUUUUCUAUUCAAUGCUUCAUUUAGUUAGUUGGUUGCCUGCUAUAUACUCUCAUGUUAUCUAUUUUUAUGAAAACCAUGCUGUGGAAAAGAGGGUUUUGAUAAAAUGGUGAUUAGUCCCCCACACCCUCUGGUGGGAACCAUCGGAAUUCUUUGAGGAUGCUUAUUUGACUAUUAUGGUAAUGGUGUUUGACUGGAAAA